GGCAGCGCCAUCAUUCUAAGUCACUUCUCUUCUUUUCCUUCAUCAUCUCUUCUUCAUUUUAUUGAGUUUCUUCUACUAAUAUUCAUCAGAAGAAAAAAAAAAGGAAUUAAGAUAUGGAUUGUUCAAUAUGUAGUGCAAUGCCAUUUAUUCUAAGGCCACCGAGGAAUACAAUAUGUGUAGCUUGUUACGACGGAGCCAGAACAAUAAUUACGUUGACCACCAACAAGCUUGAUAACAGUGAAAAUACAAAAGGAAAUGAUAAUAAAACAGUAACUGGACUUUCUGUUUCUUCAUCCAAUCCAUCUAUUAAGGGAUUUGCAAAUGCAUUAAAAUGGGUGAAAGAAAUGAAGGAGAUGGAGGAGGAAUUAAACGAGAAGCUGAAUUAUCUUAGUGGUUUUGUUGUUGCCUUUAAAGAUCAUAUUCAUACCGAUAUUUUAAUUAAGCCUGGCAAUGAUGCUCCCUCCAUACCAGCCCAUAGAGCUAUUCUGGCAGCAAGAUCUGAUAUCUUCAAGAACAUAUUGGAUUCAGAUGGGUGCAAAGCUCCACCAAGUGACACAAUAACCUUGCCUGAACUAAACUACGAUGAAUUAGAGUCUCUAUUAGAAUUCCUCUACAGUGGAGAUUUGCCUAAAGAAAAGAUCGAAAAACACGUCUAUUCAUUGUCAGUUGCAGCAGACAAGUAUGAAAUCCCCUUUUUACAGAAAUUCUGCGAGCACCAAAUGUUGGGAUCAUUGAACACAUCGAAUGCUCUCGAUGUUUUAGAGAUUUCGGACACUUGUUCUAACCUGUCUUUAAAGGAGACAUCCUUAAACUUCAUUGUUAAGAACAUGGAGGACAUUGUUUUUACAUCUAGAUUUGAUGCAUUUGCACUCAAGAACCCUCAUCUAACUGUACAGAUCACUAGGGCUUCUUUUAUAGACAUUAAAAAUAGAAGGCUUGGUGUUUGAAUUUUAGAACAGUCAAAGAUUACAUUAUUUGAUUGUGGUGUUAAUUGUAUGCUACGUACACAAAUAACACCUUCAAGAGGUAACAUGAGAUGAAGGAA